AAGCUUAACAUAUAUAUAUUUUUUUGCCCCCAUAUCCAACUUACAUUUAAUGAUGGAUUUGUUUGCUAAUUUUUAAUACUCAACUGGAGUAAGAAUUUAUACAUUAAGAAAAACAGACGCAGACGAAACUCUCACAAAAAUAAAAGUCAGAAGAGAGACAUCUUCACAUGGCCGAAUGAAACACACCAAAACACAAAGAAGAACAAUUCAUCUCUUUCGUUUCUUUCUUUCUUCUCUGCAACAUCCGUACCACUAAACUUCUUAAAAACACUUCUUUUACUUUUUGAGUUUCCCGAUAUUAAAAAAGAAGAAGAAGAAGAAGAUCUCUCUGUCACAUCUCUCUUCUUCCACGUCCGUUUCUAUAAUCUCCCAAGACACACAGAAUCUCUAAACUUCAUUUGCUCCUUUUGCCACACAAAACCUUUAUCUCUCUUUUCUUUUAAAAAUAAAAAGAAAAAGAAACUUUGUCUCUGCCUCUAAAACCCGCAAAAAGGUUCCAAGUAUCUCUCUUUAUUCACACGUAUAGCAUCCAUACACGAAAUUCAAAUCUUUCUUCUUUCUUCAGUUUCUCCCAUUUUACUCUUUAAAGUUUCUUCCUUUCUAACUUUCCCGGGAAAAACAUAACCACCCUUUUCAGAUGAGAGGCCUUGCGGCUUGUUACAGUGAACACGCCAUUAAAGUAUCAGAUGCCUACUGCUCAGGCCCUUCGAAUCAUUCAUACCUAUCUCCGACAUUACCUCCUUCAAUCCCGGACACGGUUACCACCACUUAUAAAUCCAAUCUCUCUUCUUCCGACAAACCCGUCUCUGUUGCGCUUACCUGGUCGGAUAACCUCACCGUCGUUAUCUCAACGCCGCCGAAGUCGUACUCUGUUUCACUCAGGAAACCUAAAGGAUCGAGAAAGGUGACUUCUUCUUCCGGUUCACUCAACGCCGAGAUCUUUUGGGAUCUAUCUGAAGCAGAGUACGAUAACACCGGACCUGAACCAACCGGGAGAUUCUUCGUCGUCGUCGUUGUUAAUUCCGAUGUCACCCUCCGAAUCGGCGACGUUGACCACCACGAAAGAGACACGUCACCGUCUUCGUGGCGAGUAUCAAGAACAGAGAGAUUCUCUGGAACUUGCUGGCUCACGACGAAAGCUCAAUUCUCCGACGUCGGAACAAAACACGAGAUUCAGAUUCAAUGCGGCGGCGGCGGCGGAGGAGGAGGAGGAGGAGUGGGAGAAGAAGGGUAUUUAUGGAAACUAAAAAGCCCCGAAACGAUGUCGGUUUAUGUGGAUAAGAGGAAAGUGUUUGCGGUGAAGAAGCUCAAAUGGAACUUUAGAGGGAACCAAACCAUGUUCUUCGAUGGAAUGCUUAUAGAUAUGAUGUGGGAUUUACACGACUGGUUCUACAAAGAAACGGCGCCGUCUUCUUCCACCAGCUCGUCGUCAAAAACGGCGUCGUCGUCAUCGUCUUCUUCGAGCUCCUCGUCGUCUCCUCCGUGCGCUGUGUUUAUGUUUAGGAGGAGGAGUGGUUUGGAUAGUAGACUUUGGAUAGAUGAAGAUGAAGAAGAGAGUAAGAUGAAGAAGAAGAUCGGAUCAAUAGAUGAGAAACAUACUUUUUCUCUUAUCAUCUGUGCCUCUAAAAAAUGAAGAAAAAAAAAUAGUCUAACGUAACUCUUUCCUUGUCUAAUUUUAACUUUGUUAUUUUCUAAGUUUUUCUGAUGUCUGAAUUUUAGAUUGUUCUUGCUGUUUAGGACAAACGUAAGUUUGGCUUUGAGUUCCAUAAUUCUUUUUCAUGUAAUCCCGGCACCGUGGAGUCGCCGGAAAACUUAUCUCCGACAACGACAAUGAUCACUUUCUCUCAA